AUGAAUCAGAACCUCAUCAGAUUUCGCCAGCAGUGCGCAAUUCCGAGAUUGUCCGACGAGGCGAAAGUUCAAGAUGUCAACGCGAGCAAUUUCCAGGCUGUUUCAGUGCUUUUGACCAUCGAGACGCCAACCGAGCAGCACGUUCAGCGUCGCGUCGAGGAAAUGAUGUCGACAAUGGACUUGGACGCCAUGCUUGGUCAGAUGGCGCAGCUCGAUGUGAGCACGAUUCUCUAUCCGAACCGCACGUUGAACCGAGCUGUUGUUCACGAGCACGCAAAGCUCAACGUCGGCUCUUACCUGAAUACCCCUGGUGCGGAACUGAACGACUCGAAUGCGAACUCCACGCACAACUUUUCUCCUCGAGAGUGGCGCAAUUUGAUCACGGAGAUCCAAAACAUUUACGCAAGCCACGGUAGCCAUCCUGUCAUCUACGGACUCGACUCGGUGCACGGAGCCAACUACGUUCGUGGAGCUGUACUGUUCGGCCAGCAGAUCAAUGCCGCUGCAACCUUCAACCCGGAUCUUGUCUACAACAUGGGGCGGAUCACUGCUCGCGACACUGGAGCUGCUGGAAUCCCCUGGUUGUUUUCUCCGAUCCUCGAGGUCUCGCAGAAUCCUCUCUGGGCCAGAACUUUCGAGACUUUUGGUGAAGACCCGCACCUGGUUUCAGUCAUGGCCGACGCUAUCAUCCGCGGUAUCCAAAGCAACGGCACUACAGCGGCGUGUAUGAAGCACAUCAUCGGGUACUCGAAGACUCCUUCUGGUCACGAUCGAGUCGGUGUCACCAUCUCAGACUUUGAGCUGCUCAACCGCUUCGCUCCGUCGUUCAUAGCCGCCAUUAAAGCUGGAGCAAUGACGGCGAUGGAGAGCUACAUCUCUAUCAACGGUGUUCCAGUCGUGGCCAACAUGAAAAUCUUGCAGGAUCUAGUACGUCACGACAUGGGCUUCGAUGGUCUCAUCGUCACGGACUACGCCGAGAUCCACAACCUCCACGUGUGGCACCGAGUGGCCAAGACGGAUCAAGAUGCAGUUCGAAUGGCGCUGACGAACGCUCCACUAGACAUGAGUAUGGUGCCCUACAACACUUCCUUCAUCGACAUGGCUCGACACACCGUUCAACAGAACCGAGCGCUGCUAGAUCGAAUCAAGGACUCUACCCGUCGUGUCCUUACAACUAAGAUGAAGCUCGGUUUGUACGAGAACGCUCUCCCCGGGACUGAAGCCGAUAUUGCUCUUGUCGGUCAAAACGAGAGUCGCCAAGCAGCAUUGGAGCUCGCUCGCGAGUCGAUCACUCUUCUCAAAAACGAAGACGACGUUCUACCAUUAAGUCCCGAGAGCGACGUGUUUCUCACGGGCCACGCAGCAGACAACGUAGGUUUGUUGUGCGGAGGAUGGUCUCUUCGCUGGCAAGGCGUGUCUGGUAACAGGCACUUCCCGAACGGAAUUUCUCUCCGUCAGGGCAUCGCCAACGUGAGUCCUGGCUCGGUUCACUACGCCAACACCCUCCACCCCAACGGGUCAUUCUCUUCGGAUGAACUUAAGAUGAUCAAGACCCGAGCAAGAAAAUCAAGCUACACCAUCAUCGCUAUCGGCGAAAGAGAGUACGCGGAGAAACCUGGAGAUCUGGAUGACUUGAAUUUGCCAUGGGGUCAAGUCGAGUACGUUCGUGCAAUUGCUGCUACGGGUACAAAGGUGAUCCUGGUGCUGGUUCAAGGUCGUCCUCGCUUGCUGCAGGGCCUGGCCGAGCUCGCUCAUGCUGUCGUUUAUGCCAUGCUACCGGGUGAAUUGGGAGGGCGAGCACUGGCUGAAAUUCUCUUUGGACGUGUGAAUCCAAGUGGCCGCCUUCCCAUCACGUACCCAAAAACCCCGGCCACAAUCGGGAUUCCCUACAACCAUCCUGCAGACACGCGUUGCCGUGAUGAGCGCCCGUGCAAGAUGGAAUGGGAAUUCGGACACGGGCUGAGCUACUCGACGUUCAAGUACGGAGCCGUGUCACUCAGCAAGACCACGAUCGCAAACACUGACAAUGCCUCGAUUGAUGUGCGUGUGCCUGUCACGAAUGCUGGAUCCAUGGCUGGCAAGGAGACGGUGAUGCUGUUUCUCAUUCAACCGUACCGCGAAAUCUCAGUCCCGGAAGCCAAGCAGUUGAAGAAGUUCACCAAGAUUCAUCUGCAGCCAGGAGAGACUCAAGAGGUCUCGUUCACGCUCACUAGUGAAGACUGGGGUGUCUUCGAUCCUCAGAUCGGCUUUGGUUUCCGCCGUAUUGUUGAAACAGGCGAGUAUUAUGUUGCAGUAAAGCCCGAGACGGACUGCCACGUCUACGACGAAGAAGCUGCGUCCACCGCCCUAUGCGCACAGUUCACGAUCCAAGACAAGUAG